AUGUCGACCCCGAUCCCACAACCUCCAGGCGUACCCCUUCUCGGCAAUAUCUUCGAUAUAGACCCGAACAACACGUGGGCGUCGCUGAAGAAGCUGUCGGAGAAGUACGGGGAGAUCUUCCAAAUCAAAGUGCUGGGCCAGACACUGGUCUUCGUUGCCGGCGCAGCACUCGCCGAGGAGCUCAGCGACGAGAAGCGCUUCCGCAAGUUCGUCGGCGGACCGAUAGUCGAGAUCCGAUACGCCGUACACGACGCUCUGUUCACAGCCUACGAACGUGAAGCCAGCUGGGGUAUCGCACAUCGGAUCAUCGCGCCCGAGCUGACGCCUCGAUCCGUAUCGGAGCGCUUCAGUGAGAUGCGGGAUGCGACCAACGAGCUGAUUGCGAAAUGGAAGACCCUUGGCACCAACAACACGAUCUCGGCAAUUGGGGAGCUGAACAAACUCAACCUCGAAGCAACGACCCUGACGCUCUACGGCAAGAAGCUCAAUUGCCUCGACGCCCCCGAGCACCCCAUGAUCAAGGGCAUGGAGGACUCGACCUCGGAAGCCAUGAAGCGCCCGACGAGGCCCGCUCUCCUGAACUGGCUGUGGUACGGGGGCAAGUUCAAGGCUGCGACCAAGACAAUGAGGGCGUACGCGUCAGAGCUGGUGCAGCACCGCAAGGCGAACCCCACGGAACGAAGAGACGUACUCGCGGCGCUCAUGAGCGCACAGGACCCCGAGACCGGCACCGCCCUGACCGACUCGCAGGUCAUCGACGAGAUCGUCAGCAUGCCCAUCGGCAGCAGCACCGCGCCGGCCCUGCUCGCGACAAGCAUCCAUUUCCUUCUCAAGAACCCGCACGUGAUCGUCAAGGCGCGCGAGGAACUCGACGCCGUGGUCGGCUCGGAGGAGCUGACGUACGCGCACCUGGCGGACCUCAAGUACGUCGAGGGCAUCGUGCGCGAGUCGCUACGGCUGUCGUUCGCGGCGCCGGGCUUCAACAUCGAGCCGAUACCCAAGGACGACGACAAGAGUCCCGUGCUCUUGGGCGGGGGCAGGUAUCAGAUAGCGCACAACCAGGCCGUGAUCGUCGUCCUCGCGGGGGUGAACCGCGACCCGACCGUGUUCGAGGAGCCGCUUGCCUUCAAGCCCGAGCGCAUGAUGGGCGGGGCGUUUGAUGGGCUGCCGGCGGGUGUGAAGAAGUGGUUUGGCAACGGGAAGAGGGAGUGCAUCGGGAAGCACUGGGCCUGGCAGUUCAACAUGACGGUGCUGGCGAAAUUGAUCACGGAGGUCGACUUUGAGAUGGCGGACCCGGGGUAUGAGCUCGAGCAGGAUGGCUGGUUCAAUCUUCGGCCUGUCGACUUUUAUGUCAAGGUCAAGCCUAGAGCAAGUUGA